AUUGUACGUCCAUCCAGCGUACACUGUAAUAAAUCCUGUAACAGGAGUCGUUAACGACAACGACAUUGCACUCAUCCGUUUAGAACACCCUAUAACAUUCACUGGCGGACCUGGGAGCGAUACACUGAUGGCAGUCAAAGUUCCGGUGGUGUCCAAAGGAGAGUGUGAGAUUUCCUACACUGACAGUCAAUACUACUGGUUCGUGUGUCCUCGAGGCGUUACCUGUCACGUGAUCAGCGACAAGCAACUCUGUGCAGGAGGAAUACAAGGAGAAGUUACGUGCGACGGAGAUUCUGGAGGUCCUCUCAUGAUGUCUGAUGGGCUGAACCCUACUACAUACUACGUUGUUGGAAUAACGUCUUACGGGUUGAAAAAAAAAGAUAGAAGUUGUGUAUCCGGAGUUCCAGAUGUGUUUACCAGAGUAUCUGAGUAUAUACCGUGGAUACUGGAUACUAUAUACUAGUAAAAUCAUGAUUUUGGGAAGUCACUUAAAACGUUGUUUAAUGUCUUAAAAUAAAGCAAACUUAUAAUGAGUUUUGAAGUUUA